UGCCUCCCUCCCUUGGUCCUGGUCAGCAUUGCCUACCCCACUACUCCAACAUGAUCAUCUCCCACGCAUAGAGCUUAUACAGAUUGACUCAGGUCGAACCUUGCCCGCUCUGCUCCGCGCUUGGUAUGGCCCCUUCUUCACCCCCACCGGCUGUAGGCAGCAGCAGCAGCAGCAGCAGCGGCAGGAGCAGUCGUCCCCGGCCUUCGUCUUCUGGCCUACCCCGGCCGCACAAGGCCCUCGACCCCUCUUCAUCCUCUUCAUCAGCUGCAGAAGGCGACUCUCUGCCAGUCGUCGUCCCGAAGAGGAGGCGCCUGGAGCUCAACGGAUUGAGGUUUGACAGCCCCGGCGCCGCCUUCGACCAAGAGAUUGACAUUACCAGUGGCAGACCUAGCCGGAGAGCAGCUUCCUACUCAUCGGCGCCAGCGGGUGACACUUCAGGUAGAUCAAGUCCCUUGAUUCGCAGCUCAGCUCUGCAGACAAGCUCGUCCUCUCGAGCGCCAUCACCUCCUUCCCUGCCAGGGCAAGAUCAUACAGCGUCUUCUUCGCGGCUUCGUCCAGGUUCCGACACCUCCUCGUCCGCUAUUCCAGCGGUACCGCCAACCGAUCGUACAGCUUCGUCUCCACCCACCGUCUUAUCUCCUCGCAGUGGCGAUGAGAGCAGUAGGCGGCAAAGACGGCCAUCACGGAAGCUCAGAGAGGCAUCGGAGGAGCAAAGAAGGCCCGGCCACACCUCUCCCGCCCGGUCUCCACCUAGAAGGCUACCUAUAAAACCGACCAAAGGCAAAGCUGCUCACUCCUCGUCGUCUGGUCGUGAGGCUGGAUUGGCAAGCAACCUCCACAAGAAGAGGAGCGCAGUCAAUGGGAUCUCACAAGAUCGGGAACGCUCAGGUGGGGACAAAGAGGACAGGAUUGGUCAGAUUCAGAAGCAACUAGAUGAUGUACAUACCGACCACGAUGGUCUUGUUAGAGAGCUCUUUCAUCUGACCAAAUUCGUCACGUACGUCGGAUACGAUCCUGAGGCUGUCAAGGACGAUCGCUCCCACGUCUUCGAGCAUUUUCGCUUUCAGAAUGGUCUCAAUCUCGAGGCGCAGCUGGCCUCGGGGCCGUCGGCUCGUAUGACUAGAAGACACGUAAGCCGGCGAAUGGACGAUCUCUCCCUGCGCAAGGCCAGCUCGCCUUCGCAAAGCAAGACUGAAGGCAUAUCGUCAGCAAGCAAGGGCAAAGGGAGAGCCUCGACUUUAGACGAAGAAGUUGUUGGGAAUCUCUCAUCCUCGCAGAAUCGCGACGUUCUUAAGAAGAGUGAUGCCGGAUCGUCUGCCAGCACAUUGCGCGGUAAGGGCGGCAAGAUCAUGGUUGCAAAUUCGUUAGGGACGCCAACUCGGACAUACAAAAUACAAAAGCACAAGGCAUCACCUCUAGAGUCAGGUACGGGCUCUAGUGGUCGACCUCCUCAUCAACUCUUUCGUAACUUCCAUCGGCAGAGAGACCUGCCCGAGUCUGCCGCUGAAGAAGAAGAGAGAGCAUUACAAGACUAUUGGGCCCGCAGUCAGCCCAGGCGGCUGCCUCAGAUCACUCCGACCUUGAUGGCAACGCAUCCUUCCCAAGUCCCUCUGACUGCUGCGUUCGGCGGCGACAUUCGAGCUUACUUUGACAGCUUCCGAUGUCUUGGCGAGGCAGGAGAGGCUGCCAGCGCGGCGGAGGUCAGGGCAUUCGAAAAGCGAGACAGCGCAAGUCACGUCCGUAUCGAUCGCGCUCGCAGAGAAGGAAGGUUGUCCGGCGAACCAUAUUCCCUGACCGCUCUCCGACCGCCUCGAGAUGCAAUCACCGCGAGACCCAAGGGCAUACACGAUGUCAUGAUUGAGAAGAUCUGCACCCACUCCGCCUCGGUGAAGGCUGAAGCACGGCACAAGAGGAAUUUGGCAAGAAAGGUGUCUCGCAUCGUGCAAGCAUACUGGUCCGCCAGGACAGGUGAUGGAGAGAAGGCGCGCAAGGCCCAUGAACGCCACUUAAGAUCUUUGGCCAAGUGGACAGUGAGAGAGGUCAAUAAGCAGUGGAAGCUCGCAGUCAGUGUUGUCAAGGCUAGCAAAGCUAAGGCUGACAAGUUGGAGCGCGAGAGACAAGGAAGAGAGCAGCUUGGUAGGAUUUUGGAGCAGAGUACCAAGUACCUUGGCGCAAGAGAGGAAGACCUCAGAAAGGGCAGACUAGAGAGCGAAGAAGCCAACGACGACGAUGCUGUCACAGAUAGCGAUGACAGCGAUCCAGGCUCCGGCGCAUCUUCCGUUGCAGGCUCAGAAUCCUCUCUUGAGUCCGACGUGUACAGUCUGGAGGACGACGGAUCAGACAGCGCAGCCUCAAUUGGAGCGGACGAAGACGAAGGCGACGAAAUUGCUUCUCCUGACCUUGAAUCCUUCGGCAAAGAUAGCAAUCACCUGUCGGCGUUGAAGGGCGCGAAUGGACCUGCAAGCCAGUCUUCAGCAGCGCUGAGAGCUUCCAGUAUUGAUAACGGGUCGGAUGCACCUAGCGAAGCCGAAGACACGAGCUCUGAACACAAGGUGGCGUUACUACAACAAUUGCUGUCCAACGACGACAGCGAUGCUUCAGUCGCACUUGAAGUACAGCAGAGUGCUUUCAAAGACCCAAUCGUCAAGCAUUCGCCCAAUGGUACGAUGCGCGAUCACUCACCUGGGCCUACUCGCUUCACUCCUGCAAAGGCUUCCAGAACAAAUGGCACCUCGAAAAAGCUCAUUACCGAGAUUGCAGUAGGAAAUGGGUCCCAUCAUCGUGACAAUUCAGAAGCGUCAGUUGAGUCACCUCCCCGACCGAAAUCGAGUAGCCCAGAGAAUCCUGAUUCGCCUCAUCAGGAUCCUACCGAAGGAGGGUCGCACUCUCCGGAUUUCGAAGUGAACGGCUUUGCCUCAUCUGUAGAGGACGAAGACCUCGAACUCGAUGACGAGAUGGAAGAGGACGGAAGCAUCAGCGGAACCUCCGAGGAGGACGAGGGCCUGAUGGCAGACGCUGACUUGCCCAUGGAGGAGCUGAUGAAGCGAUAUGGCUACGCUAGUCAAGCUGGCGAGUGGCAGGCUGAGCCUGUCGCGGAAGAGGAAGAUUCCUCACCCCAAGAUGAGAAUCUCAUCAGCGCCGACAUGACUUCCAGAACUUCAUUGGUGGAUGCUGUAGACGGCAAAGAAGAGACAGGCGAAGAAUUAGUCCGAGGGUCUCCUGCGCCUUCAAAGUCACAAGCAAAAUCUCCAGCGGGAUCCUCAACGUCACUUCAGAGCUCCGCCUCGGUCACACGUGCGUCGUCGGUCGCACCAAGCGAUGAUGAUGUCGUCAGCGCAGUAGAAUCGCAACCUCGAGGUCUUCAUCCACCCUUCCUGCUUCGAGGCUCCCUGCGACCCUAUCAGCAAACUGGGUUCGAGUGGCUCGCCAGCCUGUAUGCUAACAAGGCCAAUGGUAUUCUUGCCGACGAAAUGGGGCUGGGCAAGACGAUCCAGACUAUCACUCUACUUGCUCAUCUGGCCUGUGACAAGGGUAAUUGGGGUCCCCACCUCGUCAUUGCUCCGACCAGUGUGAUGCUCAACUGGGAGGUCGAAUUCAAGAAGUUCCUUCCGGCCUUCAAGAUUCUGUCCUACUACGGCUCACAGAAGGAGCGCAAAGAGAAGCGUAUAGGCUGGAAUACGGAGCAUCAAUUCAACGUCUGCAUCACAAGCUAUCAGCUUGUUCUAGCCGAUCAGCAUAUCUUCCGUCGCAAGCCUUGGGUCUACAUGAUCCUCGACGAAGCUCAUCACAUCAAGAACUUCAGAUCCCAACGCUGGCAGACACUCCUUGGCUUCAAUUCAGAGAGGCGUCUCCUUCUGACCGGAACACCUCUCCAGAACAAUCUCAUGGAUCUUUGGAGCUUGAUGUACUUUUUGAUGCCCAAUGGACUGACGGGAGUGGCUGGUGCGGGCGCUUUCGCCAAUAUGAAGGACUUUCAAGAGUGGUUCUCCAACCCACUAGAUAGAGCUGUUGAGUCUGGUAGCUCAAUGGACGAAGAGACUCGCAAGAUGGUGAGCAAACUGCACACUGUGCUUCGGCCCUUCCUGCUGCGAAGACUCAAAACCGAAGUCGAAAAGGAGCUUCCCCAGAAGUAUGAGCACGUCCUUUAUUGCCGUCUGUCAAAGCGCCAGCGAUUUCUCUACAACGACUUCAUGAGUCGAGCAAAGACUCGCGAAAGUCUAGCUAGCGGCAAUUACCUCAGCAUCAUCAACUGCCUCAUGCAAUUGAGAAAGGUGUGCAAUCAUCCUGAUCUAUUCGAAGUGCGACCUAUCAACACCGCCUUCGCCAUGGAGCGGUCAGUAGCAGCAGAUUUUGAGAUCAAGGAUCUACUGGUUCGCAGGCAGCUCCUUGCCGGCCUGGAUUUGCAAAGUCAGUCUGACGCACUCUUGCACAGUGCCAUUUCCUUUGACGUAACCGGUAAGGAACACCUGACACCGAUCUCUACCCGCGUAACUCGGCACUUGGAUGCAUCUCAAAAGCUUCCUUAUGCCAAAAUUGCCACCCCUGCCAAGCCAUCCUUUGACUUCUGGACAAUCGAAGGCUACCGCCGCACCCUGGAGCAGCGCAGACAUGCAGACGAGGUGGCGGACUGGAAGCACAAGGCAUACAUCAAUGGGCUUCGCACGCGCCAGCAUCCCGUCUAUGGCGCUACGUUGCUGUCGAAACUUCAACAACUUGGACAUUCGGCGUCAUUGCGUCCCCUUGGCGUCGUCGAAAAUGACCGGCGCUCCUUUUGGUCGCGUUGCGAUAACGUGUCCAGGCUGAUCGUCUCAACUCAGGAAAGGGCGGAGACUAUGGUGGAUGCAGUAGAUCGUUUCGCCAUGGUCCCACCGAAAGCGUUGGCGCGUGACCUGCCAAGGCUUGCGCUGCCAGGCGUGACUUGGGACAAAAUGCCAGAAGAAGCCCUCUCCCAACGUUUCACCUCGACAUCGCACAGAGCAGCCACAAAACUUCAAAUUGCCUUCCCAGACGCUGCACUGUUGCAGUAUGAUUGCGGAAAACUGCAAGAGCUCGACCUGCUCAUGCGUCGUCUGAAAGCCGGGGGACAUCGCAUUCUGAUCUUCACACAGAUGACAAAGGUGUUGGACAUUCUCGAGGCCUUCUUGAAUCUUCACGGGUAUCGUUAUCUGAGACUCGACGGGUCUACACGGAUCGACCGCCGUCAGGCCCUAACGGAGAAGUUCAACCGUGAUCCUCGCAUCGAUGCCUUCAUCUUGUCUACCCGUUCGGGCGGUCUCGGCAUUAACCUCACCGGAGCAGACACCGUCCUGUUCUAUGAUCUGGACUGGAAUUCGGCUAUCGAAGCACAAUGCAUGGACCGAGCUCAUCGCAUUGGUCAGACGCGCGAUGUCCAUAUCUACCGCUUCGUCUCCAAGGCGACCAUCGAGGAGAACAUGCUGAGAAAGGCAGACAUGAAGAGGAGGCUGGACAGCGUCGUGAUUCAAGGCGGAGAGUUCACCACUGAGCAUCUCAAGAGAGGUGACUGGAGAGACAUGCUCGAUGAUGACGGCACCACGCUAGCUGGCGUCAAGGUCGGCGACGCUGAAGAAGGUGCAAGCAGCGACCAGCGUGCUGCUUCCAUACCGGACGAGCGCCUCCUGGCCGAAGCUGAGGACGAAGAAGACCGUGUCGCAGCUCAAAAUGCCAGGCAAGAAAUGGUGCUCGAGGAUGAUACCGUCACGGACUUUGUUCGGGAAGACGUCGAGACCGCUGAUGGAGGCAGGGUGCCUGAAGCUGCUCCAGGCACGCCAAUCGAGGGCAUGGACCCUGUGGUAGAGGAGGACGGAGAAGAAGACGACGGAGGCACCGUCGACGAUUAUAUGCUGCGCUUCGUCGAGAGGGACUGGGGCUUCUUCGGAGGUGGUGGAUUCCGAGUCUGAGGCUUCAGAUGAAAGGAGGGGCUUUCAAAGGGCAACUUCAGGCCUUUCCCAGGUGUUGCGACUCUUUGUAGAGAUGCAGAUACCUUACUGUUGUCGCGCUCAGAUAGCUCUCUCGUUGAGCCUAGCGAACACAAUCAUAGGCGCUUACUUCGCAAUUGUUCAUCUGAUUCGCCAAUCCCAACGAGACUGAGGAUGUGUCGCAGUGUCCCAAGCUCCGUGUACCAUACGCCGCCUGUAGCAGUGGU